UUUUGGCAACUUUCAUCCGAAUGGAGCUUGCUUAAACGCCGCCGGAGAGAUAUAAUAGUAGUGCGGGAAGACGUUGAAGCCGUGCAACGGCAGAAACGCCAAUUAAAAGCCGAAGGUGACCGGAUCUUUAGGGACACCCUUAUCAAUGUUGGGUAUUUUCCUUUGACGAUCCACUGGUCACUUGAAAAUUCUAAGUUUCCCGAAGUUGGUGUAGGAAUAUUUGGUACCCUUGCGGCAGCCUAUGAGCUGUCCAAGGCAUGGAAAGACACUGAAUA